AUCCUCUCUUGAAUAUGUCGCAAACGCCGAUUAAGCCUCUUGCUGUCGUCUUCGGCGCAACCGGAGAGACGGGUCAGCGCAUCGUCGAAGGCCUGCUUCGUAGCAAAGCAUUCCGCAUCGCCAUCGUCGCUCGCGAUCUCGCGAAGCCGGCCGUCUCCAGAUUUGCCGACCAGGGUGUCGCUAUCCACAAGGCGGACCUCCUGUCCGUCACGCAGGAGCGGCUCGAGGAGAUCCUGGCCGGCGCGGACAUCGUCAUCGCAUCCCUCCUCCCCAACUGCAUGGAUGCGCAGAAGAAGAUCGCCGACGCAGGCAAAGCCGUCGGCAUCAAGCGCUUCGUACCCAACGACUUUGGCCCCAGCUGCCCCAAGGGCGUAAUGAAUCUUCAGGACAGGAAACUCGCCAUCCACGAGUACAUCGAGUCCAUCGGCCUCGGCCACACGUACAUCGAGAUCGGCUGGUGGAUGCAGAUCAGUGCCAUCUUCCCGGCGCACAUAAAGUCGACCACCGCGGAUAUGGUGCGCAACUUGAUUGGAAGCGGCGACGUCCCCUUUGCGGUCGUCGACGAAUUCCACAUCGGCGACUACGUGGCGCGCAUCAUACAGGACGAGCGUACGCUGAACAAGAAGGUCUUCGUCUGGGAGGACGAGGUGACGCAGAACCAGGCGUGGAACCUCGCGGUGAAGAAGUACGGAAAGGGUAUCCUCGAGCAGAAGAAAACUGUGCGCACCAUUCUCUACGUCAACCAUCGGGGCAGUGGCGGUCCUUCGCAGAUGAUGAUGCGCUACGUGUAUGAAUACUGGGUCAGCCUGUUCAUCCGGGGCGACAACACGGUGGCGAAUGCGAAAGCGAAUGGCGCCAUUGACUUUAGGGACCUCUACCCAGACAUCAAACCACGUACCUUCGCUGAGUAUGUGGAUAGCCUCGACGACAACCCCUACAUACCGCCUCAGCUGGAGAGAACUAUUGAGUAA